UUUAUAAACAGUAAUGAGGAAUAGUGUGUAGUUACCUUUUAAUAUUUUUCUGGAGAUUUAAAAUAUGUAAUAUUUGUGAAAUGCUAAUAUUUUAGGGAAAGUUCAGCACAGAGUGACCGGCUUUAGUUGAGAAAUUGUAAACAAAAAGACUAAAGGUGACUAGAGCUAGCUAACUGCUAACGGUCAAAAUGAAAAACAAAACUGACCAACAAGGACAUUAUCUUCGCGUUAGAUAAAUAGAAAGAUAAACAUGAGAGUCUAUACACGUUCCUGUCAGCAUUUGAGAUAUUUUUUUCCGUAAUAAAUUAGUUUACCUUUUAUUUCGUCAGCUGUGUUAAUUGUAUGUAUUAAAACAGCAAAGCAGUUUACAACAAAACCCAGUGAGACCUAAUUAAACAGCUUGGUCAGUUCAGUGUUUCUGCUGGACAGACACAUCACCACGUCCUCCUGCUAGCUGGUUAGUUAGAUGUCUGGUUUAUGUAUGCGCACACACAGAUCUGGAGCAUUUUGAGAUCAAGGUCAUCUUUGUGGCCCGAGAUUUAAUUCUGUUUUAUUUGUAAGGCUUUUAACAUUAGACCUUGUCACAGAGCAGCUUAGCAGAAAUCAAGAUGUAGAUCUACAUCCCUAAUGAAUACGCCAAAGGUGACGGGUCAAUGACACGAGCAAGAAAACUGAUUCAAAAAAGGAACUCAUCCUGUUCUAGAGCAGACAGUGGUGAUGCUCAACGACACAUAAAAGAAGAUGAUCCGGAUUGCUGCUCUUAACGCAGCCUCUGAGACUGCAGAUGAGCAUGAGGAUCCCUUUAGAAGUACAAAACCGAGUCAGACCAAGGAGGCUCAGGAAGCAGAGGCAUUUGCGCUGUACCACAGAGCUCUCGAUCUGCAGAAGCAUGACAAGUUCGAGGAGUCGGCCAAAGCCUAUCAUGAACUCCUCAAGACGCCGCUGCUUAAAGAGGCGGUGGCUUCUGAAGAUGAGAAGGUUGGGCUGAAGCACCCGGGACUGAUGCUGAAAUACUCCACUUAUAAAAACCUGGCCAGCCUGGCUGUGCUGAAAGAUGACCUGGAUACAGCUACAGACUUCUAUGUGGAGGCUGUCAUGCUGGACUCCACAGAUGUGAACAUGUGGUAUAAGCUGGGUCAGGUGGCUCUGAGGAGAGUGAGCAUCCCACUGGCUCGUCAUGCCUUCGAGGUGGGACUGCGCUGUAACCCCGACCACUGGCCGUGCCUCGACAGCCUCAUCACUGUCCUGUACACGCUCAGUGACUACAGCUGUUGCCUGUACUACAUCUGCAAGGCUCUGGAGAAGGAUAUAGGCUACACUAAAGGCUGGGUGCUGAAGGAGAAGAUCUUUGAGGAGCAGCCCUGCCUCAGACGAGACUCCAUGAAGUUGUUCUCAAAACUCGAUAUGACCAUGCACUACAGUGAUGCAGACGAGGAGGAAUCUCACAGUAUUGUAGAGGAGGCGUUGGAGCUAAGGAGACAGAGGCAGGCGAAACUGUCACGACCUCCUCUGCAAGACCUGCAGCUGGUGGAGCCCAUCAAACGCUUCACUUGGAAGAACGUAGGCGAGAGCUUCCUGGCCAUGUACAAACACCAGAACGAGUGCCUGGUUCCACGACCCGACUUCGGUCGCCGAAUUGACCUCACCAUGUACCGUGAUCCAGACUGCGUCCUCCAGACGCCUUCAGAUGCCUCCCAAGUUCAAAUAGCCCCAGCCACAGAGUCUCCCCAGUCCUCCACCUCUGCUCCAGCACCUGAGCCUCUUCCUCCACCUCACGCAGACUCCAGCAGCCCCAGUGCCAGCCAAUCCAUGCCCUCUGAGUGCCCUCUUCAGCCACAGGCUCAAAGCAGCAGCAGCAACUCAGGACAGCUACAAGUGAGCCAGAGCUCCUUGGAGGUUGGCACUGCUGCUCCAAGCACUACUGCUGCUGCUGUUUUGAAUGGUACUACUACUUCUCCUCCUCCUCCUGCUACUACUACUACUACUACUACUACUGCUGCUGCUUCUGCUAGUUCUGCUGCACCCCCUGGUGUUCUUGACUCGCCUCUGAAUGAUAAAGUGAAGAAGGCCCCCAAGAGGAAGAGAACGAUGGAGGACUGUGGCGAGACGGCCAAGAGGAGAUCUGCACGUGUUCGCAACACCAAAAGCAAGAAGGAAGAAAAGAUCGAUUUCCAAGAGCUCCUGCUUAAAUUUCUACCACCACGGCUGAAGAAGUUUGAUGUUGAUGAGGAUGAGGAAAGCCUCAGUAACAUGGACACACAGUGUGAGGCGAAACCCAGCUCCAGGCUCAACCAGGGCACUGAAUCGAACCUCUCUGACUACAUCAGCUCAGCAGAGAAAGAGCAUGAGGAAGUGCACUCCUUCCUGCUAGCUAACAUGGAGAAUGGUGGCAUCCUGGAACUCCUCAUGCGCUAUUUGAAGGCAAUAGGUCAGAAGUUUCUGGAAGAGUGGCCCCCCGGACUGAGCGGAGUGGUGAUGGAGAUCUACAACUGCUGGAGGCGACAUAGUGCGGGCCUGCCCAAUCCACUGCUCCGAGAUUCCAACAACCGGCACAUCAAGGAGAUGAUGAUGAUGAGUUUGUCUUGUAUGGAAAUGCAAUUGGAACAGUGGGUCCUCACUAAGGGAAAGAACACGUCUCAGAGGAGGAGUAUGUCAGGUCACGGGGGUGAUCAUGGUGAGCUGGACAGCCAGGAGAGCCGCUUCCUGACUGAUCUGUACAUGCUGAUCAUGGCCUCUUCGCAGGCAGAUGUGUUCGAGAGAGACUGGCUGUCAUUCGCAGUCAGAGUGCACUGGCUCAAAGCUCGGCAUCUCGCUUUUCAGGGUGAUAUGGAAGAGGCACUGGAGCGUUAUGAUGUGUGUGUAGGGCUACUGAAGAGCCAGCCUCAGACCAGUGACGGAGACAAGCUCUCCAUCCACAUGCCUAACCUUUGUGUGGAUUUAACCAUUUCUGUAGAGGAGAUUGAGAAGAAGCUGAAGUCUCUGGAGAGGUGCCAGUCACUGGAGGAGAUUCAGAGGCUGUUUGAGACCGGCGACUACCAGUCCGUGGUGAGAUUACUCCAACCCACGCUGAGCUGCGGGUCCAGCUCAUCACGGCCUAAGCCAUUGGAGUACAUCAGCUCAGCGCCUGAGAGACCAGCACAGCUGCUGCUGCUUCAGAACUCCUUGCUUCACAUGAAGGAUUAUGCUCAGUGUCUGGAGAGUACUGAGGUGGUGCUGAAUGAGGCCAUGCAGCACAUAAACUCCAUGUUACCCAGCAGUCCCUCUGCUAAGGAGGAGUGGGUAGCCACAGUGACAGCCAUGCUGCGGGGAAUCGAACAGUGCAUCACGGAACAGCCGCAACUUCUCACCAGCACACCACCAACCACCAAUCUACCUCGCCUCGCCAACAACCUCGUACAGCUAAUAGCCUGCAGCAUGGUGUUGCCUGACGACCCCAAGGAGCCUCACUUCUCCUCCAUGCUGCCGUGGAUGCUGCUCUACCACCUGCUCAAGCCAGACGAGGCAGAGCUUGACUGCACACUCCGCCAGCACCAAGCCGAUGAUGAUGAUGAUGAAGACGACAAUCCCCUGUUGCCUUCGUCUCUCAUGUUGUUAAACACAGCACAUGAGUACCUGGGCCGCCGCUCCUGGUGCUGCAACUCUGAUGGCGCUCUGCUCAAGUUUUUUGUGCGUGUACUGCAGCAGAAGCUAGCUGAAGCAGAUGCACUGCCUUAUAAGGAGGAUCUGGAGACGGCGCUGGAGCAGUGCUUCUACUGCCUGUACUCCUACCCAAGCAAGAAGAGCAAAGCACGCUACCUGGAGGAGCACUCUGCACCACAGGUGGAGCUGCAGUGGAGCGACGCUCUCUUCAUGUUUGAGUACUUCAAGCCCAAAACCCUGCCAGAGUUUGACAGCUAUAAGACAAGCACGGUGUCUGCGGAUCUGGCCAACCUGCUGAGGAGGCUUACCGGAAUCAUCCCUUGCCCUGAUGGGCCUACACUUUCCAUUGACGAAGUGUCAGCCUACAUAGAGGGAGGAGCACUCAAGGUACCGUCACUCCCAGAAGGAACCCCUCCAGCACCCCCUCUGGUCAAUGAGCUGUACUACCUGUUGGCUGACUACCACUUUAAGAACAAAGAGCAGGCCAAAGCCAUUAAAUUUUACAUGCACGACAUCUGUGUGUGCCCCAACAGGUUCGACUCCUGGGCUGGGAUGGCUUUGGCCCGGGCCACUCGCAUCCAGGACAAGCUGAACUCGAACGAGCUGAAGAGCGACGGGCCUGUGUGGAAGCACUCGCUCGCUGUGCUGACAUGCUUUAAGCGGGCCCUGGAGAUCGACAGCUCCAACCUGAGCCUGUGGAUCGAGUAUGGCACCAUGUCCUACGCCCUGCACUCCUUUGCCUCCAGGCAGCUCAAGCAGUGGAGGAACGAGAUGCCGCAAGAUCUCACCAAAUUAAUGGAGGAACGUAAGGGUUCGAUGCUGGAGACGGCAUAUAAGUGCUUCCAAAGUGCGUCCGCAUGUGGAGGAGACUGUAAUGAGGAAGAGUGGCUAAUACACUACAUGCUGGGCAAGAUCUCCGAGAAACGCAAGUUACCACCGAAAGAGUAUUUACGGCUCUAUAAACAGUCUGCUCAUUUUCUCCAUGAGGAAGCUGCCAGGUAUCCCAGAAAAAUCCACUACCACAACCCACCUGAUCUGGCCAUGGAGGCGCUAGAACUGUUCUUCCGUACGGCUGCCACUAUUCUGAAGCUGUUAGAGGAAGAGGGUGGCAAGGACGAAUCAGAGCAGAAGGACCAUCUGGACUACGAGCUUUUCUUUAACAUGCUCGCUGAAGCUGCGGUUGGCCCUUUUGCUCGCGGAGAGGAGAAAAGCAUGCCUAAAACAAGCGACAAGGAAAAACCACCUUCUUUGAACGAUGAAGACUCGCACUCCUCCUCAGCAGUGACGGCGUUGACAGCAGCAAACUCUACAGCAGCAGCCGUGCCCAUGGCGACAUCGUUGCCCAGCGACGGUGCGGCAGGUGUGACUUCCCCCCCAUGCGCGGUCACUCCGCUCGACCACGAUUACGCCAAACGUAAAAAGCUGCAGCAGAGGCAGGGGCAGCCGCAGGACGCCCUGUACAGGAAUAAAACACGUCAGAUCUCACACCUACCCUCAGCAAACUUCUCUCACGACCACGAUUACUGCGGGUCUGGGUGUGCACCUUCUUUGCGAGCGGGACCUGCGUAUGAGCAAAGUCAGGACAGCGUGGCAGUGUUAUCAGACUCCAGCUCCCUGCAGGACGUGUUCUUGGACCCAACCAGCUCACAGGAUAGCACCCACAAGCUGGAUUCUGGGAAAUGUCAGCCAUUUUCUGAAGACACAAACACGCUUAUGAAAGACAAAGCAGCUGCAGUGGAAGAUGCAGAGGAGAAGCACAUGGAUGUCUGCUCCACCACGCACUCUCAGGAGUCCUCAGACACCACUCUGUCCGUCACUUCUCCCGAGAUGUCCGUCCCCAAACCCCCUGCCCCGGACACGCCCACCCAGGCACCGACCGCCCUGCUGCGCUCCGCCCCUCGCCGGCCCGAGCCACCCGCACCACCCGAGCUGCUGGAGGUGCCCAGGUGUCUGCCGACAGGCCGGGUGGAGCAGAGGAAGGUGCUGGUGGAGAUGUGUGUGAGAGCUCUGUUUUUGUGCCUCAACCGCUUCCCCCAGCACUAUAAGAGCCUGUACAGACUCGCCCACCUGUAUGCCUGCAGCAAGACGCACAAGAAUCUGCAAUGGGCAAGGGAUGUGUUGCUAGGGAGCAGUGUCCCAUGGCAACAGCUGAAGCACAUGCCUGCACAAGGACUUUUCUGCGAGAGAAACAAAACCAAUUUGUUCAACGGCAUCUGGCGUAUCCCAGUAGAUGAAAUCGAUCGCCCCGGUAGUUUUGCAUCUCAUAUGAACAGAUCCAUCGUGCUGUUGCUGGAUGUUCUGUCUCAGUUAAGGGAUCACGACACGCUGCUCAAGAUUUCCCUCAUGCUCCAGAGAACCCCUGAUCAGGGAAAGAAAUAUUUGCGGGAUGUGGACCGGCAGGUCUUGGCUAAGCGCGCCUUUUUCUUCACUGUGAAAGUGCUGGAGGACAAUCUGGAUAAACUCACUGCGGUGUCUGAUCCUUCUCCUAAGCCUUCCACUUCCUCAAUGGGUGAAAUGACCACAGCUGACGUGUCCAGCCGGCCUCCUGCCACAGAGGACGCGAAAUCCUCUCAACCCGCUAAACCAUGCCUUCCAGACUCAUCCUCCACACCAGGCUUUGAUAUCACAACUUCAGGCCCCUGCCAGCCUCUGGCUCCUCUCUCUCAACCCACUCUAGAACCAGGAAAUCAGAACCAAGGCACAUCAGCAACUUCUCAGCCCAGAGAAGGUAACUCCACCCUGGUGGAGCCUAUGGAGCUCGAACCUGGAACAUGGACAGGUACUCCGAAACCAGGUCACCCACAAUCAACCACGGACAGUGUUUCACAUGAGCAAGGAACCCCCAGAUUUGCAGCAGAGGGGGCAGAGAGACGCCUGGAAAGCGCCCGGACUCCAGAGCUGUCUCUGGAGGAGUUGAGCAUUAGUUCCAAACAGCAGCUGAUGCAGGUUCAAGCAAGCACGGCCCACAGAGGACCCCACACUAUGACCACAGCACGGCCAAACAGGAAGAGAAAGCUGCUGGAGGAUGUUGAGUCGGGCAAGACGCUCUUACUGGAUGCAUACAGAGUGUGGCAGCAGGGGCAAAAGGUCAUGACCUAUGAUCUGGGGCGCAUUGAGAAGAUCAUGUCAGAGACGUACAUGCUAAUCAAGCAGGUGGAUGAGGACGUGGCGUUGGACCAGGCUGUGAAGUUUUGCCAGGUUCAGAUGGCAACAUCAGCACAAAGACAGAAUUCCAGUGAUGCACCCAUCACCCCUAAGUUCAGUAAAGAGCACAGAGACAUCUUCUUCCCUGCUUCUGUCCCCUCUCCAAGCCUCCACACACACACGCAACCUCUGCCUGCCCAGGAGCAUGAGACCAAGCUGAGCAAGCCACCACGGCCGCUUCACACACACUCGCACUCUCAUACACCCAGCACACCGACGCAGAUGUAUUGCCCGCCUCUAGGCCAGCAGGACCAAUCGCAGCCCCGGGCGACACCCAGUCAGCCAAUAGCAGGCAUGGCGUUCUUACCCCACACAGACAGAGAAGCCUCUGCUCCAGAAGGUCUGGCGUAUAGACAGCAGGAGUCUCAUUUGUGUCAGCAGAUGAAGAUGGCCACAGUUUCGCAGAGUCACAACACACAGGAGUGGAGCAGUCACGAAGCCGCUACCUGCUCAACACACACAGAUACAGAAAGCGCUGAUCAGUCGAAGCAGAGCGAUUCGAGUCGGAUCCGCUCCCGAAUCCCUCCCAACAUGCCCAAGCUGCUCAUCCCCUCCACAGCCACCAAAUUCCCCCCAGAGAUCACAGUCACGCCUCCAACUCCCACACUGCUCUCACCCAAAGGCAGCAUCUCAGAGGAGACCAAACAGAGGCUCAAAAACGUGAUUCUGGCGUCUCAGUCGGCAGCUAAUGUGAAGAAGGACACUCUGACUCAGCCGGCGCUGGAAGUACAGGAGACGUCCAGCCAGGAAUCGUCACUAGACAGUGAGACGGACGAGGAGGACGACUACAUGGACAUUUGAAUUAGAAAGAUUUCUGUCUUUAUCACUCGCUUUCUCUUUUAAUCUUCCUCUCAUUUAUUGGCUCAUUCUUUAGUCUUGAAUCGAUGAAACGUUUGCAUCCGUGCACUUCGUCUCUUCGUCCUGCAGCAGUAUGCACGUUCUUUAAGCAAAAGGGCUUUUUCCUCGAUGCUCAAUGAUGUCCUCUCGCUACAUAUGCACUGUGUUCUCUUUUUUUUCCUCGCUUUUUUGCUUUUUUUUUUUUUUUUUUCUUUUCAAAUAAUAUUUUUCGCAACGAUGCUGCAGUUUCACUCCAGUCUGAACAACGAUCUGUGACCAGCAGCUUCUAAACCCCGGUGCACGAGUGCUGUUUGUUUCAUGCACCUACAUCGGAGGCUUUAAACGCAGGGGUCCUAUGCAUACAGUCAGUUUAAUGCAAGGCAUUUAUAAUUACAGCCACGGGGGCAUUAGAUCAGAAAGUGUUUCUCUUUUCCCUUUUUUCCCUCGUUACUUUAACUGAAAUGAGUUUACAUCUCGAAUAAGGUGCUUAAACUCAUGACAUAUCGACGUGGAUAUUUGCUCUGAUGCUGUCAGCAUGCAAGCACUAAAAUGUUGCCAGAAUUUUGUGCAUAUAAAAAAUAUGUAUAUAUAUAGAGAGAGUGAGUGUGUGUGUGUGUGUGUGUGUGUGUAAGUGUAAGGUUGAUAUUGUGCUACCCACAGUGAAGCCUCUUGCUUUGAGCAUGGCUGCCUUGCUUGUGUGACGUGUCCAGUCCAACAACAGCAUGAGUUUACAGUUUCCUGUAGCGCCAACCACUUUUUAAAAUGAAUUUCUACACUGUUUUUCACCAAAGUUUACUUUUCACUGAUGGAUCAGUCUAAUUAUGUGUAUCUUAGAGUUCCUAAAGUGAGCCACUUUGGCCUCUGAUAGUCCUAUUAUGAAACCCCCAUUUUCAUAAUUGGACUUUUUUUUGGACUCAUGACAUUUAAUACAUUUUUCUGAUCAAAGCAGCUCUUGUAAUGACUGUACUCAUGUUUGUGUUACAUGGAAUCAUGUUCUUCAUUUGUAAUUUCUUUUGUACUGAAUUGUAGCUGGACAUAAGAGUUUUAAGCAUGCAGGUUUGAGUCCUGCCACCAGCAUUGAGUCGAAGAGGUGUUCAACUUCAACUAUAUGUACUUAUGUAACCUAAUUACACAGAGGUAUCCGGUUGGUUUGCUUUAAAGCAAUGCACCUUCUCAUAAUCAAGUGUCUAGCAUCAUACCAAUGUCAAGAUCUUGUCAUCAAUAGUGGAAUAUAUAUUUUAAAAAAGAGAAAGAGAAAGUCUUUUUGAGCGUGAUGGCUUUGAGACAGACCUUAACAUGAUCCUGGACAUGCGGCAUUGAAAGCCGGUGAUGCAUCACUCUUCAAGCUGUAGAGCAUUACAUGCAUGUUUAAAGAGUAAAUGUAUAUUUUUGAAAAACAGAAAGCACAAGAUAUGUUGUGCUUUGCCUUCCCCUGCACAUAACUUCUGGAGAUCAUGUGGACCUCCUUCCUAAACAGCCGAAUGUUGUUGUUUUUUUUUUUUUAAAUAUUAAACAGUACUUUUUCUACAAAUGGAAUGGAAAUACAUUCCCUCCUGUAUUUUUCUGGUUAUUGAAUAAAAAUAAUAGUUUAAAAAAUGAUUUUUUGCAAAAUAAGGAAAAAAACUUGUCAAGAGAAAAAAGAUGUGAAAAUGCAAUGGACAUUAGACACAUAUGUCAGACCAAACUACCUGUAAAUGGAUAAGAAUAUUUGUAUUUUUCUCUACAUUGUCAGAGCGUGGUGGUGGUAGUUUUUUUUUUUUUUUUUUUUUUUGUGUGUGUGUGUGUGUGUGUGUGUGUGUGUGUGUGUGUGUGUGUGUGUGUGUGUGUGUGUGUGUGUGUGUGUGUGUGUGUGUGUGUGUGUGUGUGGCUCUGCUUGGGCUUGCACUGAGAAUGUAACUUGGUGAAGGACGGAUGGUACAAGCACUGAGAUUGCCCUCUGUGCUCACACUUGUUCUCCUGAGGGUUGAUAUUUCUCUCAGUUUUUGACUUGCUGCAUUAAAAAUUGUCACAAAACCAAAAAUAACACUUGAUGACACUUUUACCCUG